AUGCUUCAGUCAGUGGAAACUCGUCACUCUUAGCUCGUAGGAGUUCACGGAGGAUUUAAUAAUCUGUCAUAUCACACAGCAGAGCAGCACGAGAGCACAAACCGCUGCGAUCCUGCAGAGAGAGGGAGACUCCUGAGGGCAUCUCCAGGCUGCUGAUGCGCAGAGAGAGGAGGUCAGCCAGGGAAAAACACCAUGAGUGACCGAUUUGACUGCAAAAACUGCCAAGAGUCCCUGUGUGGACGCAAAUACAUCCAGGUGGAGGACAAGCCUCACUGCAUCCCAUGCUAUGACCGCCUGUAUGCCAACACCUGCCAGGAAUGUAAAGAAAUCAUCGGUCAUAAUGCAAAGGAGCUCUUCUAUGAGGACAGACAUUACCAUGAACAUUGCUUCCGCUGUUUCCACUGCGACCGCUCUCUGGCAGACGAGCCUUUCACCAGCCAGGCCGAUGCGCUGGUGUGCAGCGACUGCUACUGCAACGAGUACUCCUCCAAAUGUGUGGCCUGCGACAAGAUCGUCAAGCCAGGUUCAAGGAUGCUGGAGUACGGUGGCUCCACAUGGCAUGAGGACUGUUUUACGUGUCAUGGCUGUGAGAAGUCGAUCGGUGCUGAGGCCUUUAUCCCAGACCAGAACAACUACUACUGUGUGCCAUGCUACGAGGGCCAGUUUGCUCCUCAGUGCAGCCACUGCAAGAAGCCUCUGACUAAAGGAGGGGUGACCUACAAGGACGAGGUGUGGCACAGAGAGUGUUUUCUCUGCACAGGCUGCAAAGCUCCACUUGCCGGACAACCGUUCACCUCGCAGGGAGAAAGUCCGUACUGCGUCAAGUGUUUCAGCAGCCUCUACGCCAAGAAGUGUGCCGGCUGCAACACGGCCAUCACAGGGUUUGGAGAUGGGAAGUAUGUUUCUUUUGAGGACCGGCAGUGGCAUCAGCCGUGCUUUAAGUGUUCUCGCUGCUCUGUGUCAUUGGUGGGCUCUGGUUUCUUCCCCGACCGGGAUCAGAUCCUGUGUACAGACUGCAACACUGACGACUGACCAAAGCUAACUACACCUGUGCCUGACAAAAGCAAACACGUCUGACAGAAGCAGAAAAUGUCAGAAACCUCCCUCCAGCACAUGAACACUGCAAUAUUACUUAUUCAGUCACAGCGAACAGCUGACACAAAGCUCAGUAUUUGCAAAUUGAACUCUCAUUAGCUUUAAGUGCAAAUGUUUGUAUAAAGUCUGCAGAAAUAUUCUGCUUUACAUGUAAGACUUUGUUUUCCUUUAUUUAAUGUUUUGCACAUCUUCGACUAAAGCAUUCAUAGAAAAGUUACACAUAAACCUUUAAUUUAAACUUUUUGUUUAAGCAUUGAAGUGUAAUCCAUUAUUUUAUAUUAAUUAAAUCAUGACAGCUAAAUAUAACAAACAUCUGAAUGUUCAAACCUGUGCCCAUUACACAUAUUUAUACUUUUUAAAAUAGUAUUCUGAUGUGUUAAUCUCCUGUUCCCAUACUGCUUGCUGUAUCUGUUUCUUAAAAUGAUUUUUAAUAUCUUUACUGGCAUCUAUGCAAUAAAAAUGUAAAAAAAAAUGAA